GUUGGAUUGUGGGGUUUACACACGCGUGCGGCGUGCGGUAGUGUGGUGGUGGAGACAAUCGUGGAUCACUACCUCGAAUUAGAUUGAUGUUAAGGAUUUAAUCACUUUGAGUUUUAACACACGACAGGAGAGUCCAGGAUGGUCACGUGUGUCUGUAGCGUCGCACGGUAGCCCGGCCUGUAAUGUACGGAUGGCGAUGUACCUAUUCGCCAGUCGGCUGUCGUCGGCUGUGUGUUCCCGGAGACCAGUCACUCGCACCGCACCCUCCAGACCCGUGCCCUCGCCGUGUGACGACUGUUCUCGUCUGGUCACUCCACCCACUGCAGAACCCCCACCCCCACCUCCCAUGGUCACUACCUCGGCCGUCGUGGAGGUCACCCCUCUACAACGAGGAGGCGCCACCAGAGCCACCGUGGGUCCCUGUGACCGCCACCACCGCUGCGACGGGAAAGUGCCUUCCACCACCAAACAUCGCGUCAGGUUCGCCAACACCUUCCCGCGCGUCAACCGCAAAAAGCGUACUUCUGAGUCCCACGAGGACGGUGAGACAGGCAGUAAGGAGGAUGAGGAUGAUGACGUCAAUACUCUCAACACCAGAUCCAGGGAGCUAGUAUUCAGAGAUGGCAACCUAGUAUCAGGAUCUCUAGAAGCCCUGAUACAGAGACUAGUGCCUACUGCCGAUCAUCGCCCUGACCGUGCCUUCCUGUUUGCGUUCCUUCUUAGUUCCAGACUGUUUCUACCUCCCAACCAGCUGCUAGGCCAACUAGCCUUCCUCUCCGACAUAUCAAAAUCAUCAACCGAGGAAGGACCAAUACCUCGUUUGGUUCAGCUCCUGGCAGAGUGGAUGGAGACGUUCCCUUAUGACUUCCGGGACGACAGGGUGAUGGCUCAUGUACGGGCGAUCAUCAGGAAGUGUGUGACUGGAGGCGGCACUGAGGAGGUGUCUGCUAUCCUGCAGACCUUGCUGGACCGCCUGACUGCCCUGCAGAGAUACGAGGAAUUCCUGCAGAGGCUGGGCUGUGAGCAGACUGAACUGGCCAACAAGAAAGAGAUAAUGGACCUGUGCUCGAAGCCAGACGAGUUAGCUCAGCAGUUAACGGUGAUCGAGCUGGAGAGGCUGUCCUACAUCGGACCUGAGGAGUUUCUGCAAGCCUUCCCCAGAACAGGCCUCGGCGUGCCCUCAGUGGCCUCGGCACCACGCACUCGCAACCUAGAGGCCUAUGUCGCCUGGGCCCACAGGCUGUCUUACCUCGUGGCCACCGAGAUACUCUUGCAAACGAAGAAAGCCAAGAGAGUCAAGAUGAUGGAACUGUGGAUUUCCACUGCACAGUCCUGUUUGAACCAUGGGAACUUCAAUUCUCUCAUGUCCAUCAUAGCCGGCCUCAACCUCUCAGCUGUUAAGAGGCUCCGCAAAACGUGGACAAAAACAUUACUCCAGAAGUUCCACAACGUAGAAGCCCAGAUGGAUGCUGGAGGAGAUUUCGCUCUCUACCGAUCUACGUUGAAAACAGCUUCUCGUAGAUUUGGCAGUAGCUCUCCCUCCCCCACCACUGACCAGUCAGGCACCGCCCCUACCACCGUCAUACCGUUCUUCUCACUCUUCCUCAAAGAUGUGUUUACUCUACAGGAAGCCUGCUUGAAAAAGCUGCCUAAUGGCCAUAUAAACUUCGAGCGGUUCUGGCAGAUGGCGAAGCUUGUCACAGAGUUUAUCACAUGGCAGCAGAUCAGCAGUCCUCAGCCCAAAGACUCUAACUUGUGUCUGUACCUUCAGUCGCGGCGUCUCUACUCCGAGCCUGAACUAUCCAGAUUGUCGUACCUGUGUGAGUCACCGAACAAUAUAAUGGAGCAAGAACAAUGGAAAACAUUAAAAAAUCAAAACGGCUCAAAGGAGAAUAAGUGAGGACAUAGUUUGUCAUACUUUUCGGAGGGUUGUAAACUCUUUAUAAAUAGCCUUUUCUCUUCUUAUACAAAAAUUAGGAUUUUUAAUAAUUAGUUUAAUGUCGGGCAUGUAGGGAGAACGUGAUAUAUAGGUUAACAAAUUUGAUUAUAAAAUGGUAAUGCAACUAUUAUCUAAUAGGUCAUCCUUGGAUGUUACAGAUUUUAAAGUUAUUAACGAAAAAACGUAUUUUCCGAAAAAUAAUUCCGUUUUUUAUAAUGCUGUAAAUAAAGGUUAACUAUUAAAACAGAAAUUAUUCUGUACAUAAAUACAUUUGGUAAAUAAUAAUUCGGUA